AUGGAUUCCCCAGCUCAAUUAUGUGCCCAGCACAGGGAGACGCUGAAGCUUCUUUGUCAGGAGGAUCAGAGGUCUAUUUGCAUGGUGUGUCAUGCCAUUCGGGUGCAUGCUACUCAUCAUCUGUUGCCCAUUGAUGAAGCUGUCCAAGACUGCCUAGAUAAACUGUCAACUCAUCUGGCAUUCCUGAAGACAAAAAAGGAAGAGGCCCUAGAGACAAAGCUGAGUGGGGAACAAGAGAUCCAGAGGAUGCUGGAUCUAGUAAGUAUGGAGAUGCAAAAGGUGGGAAGCAACUUCAGCAAAAUGCAAGAGUUUCUGAAAGAACAGGAGAAAUCGCUGUUGCUCCAGAUGGAAGAGCUCAACAGGGACAUUGCCCGAUGGAAGGAACAAUUCACCACCCAGCUUUCCAACAAGGUGUCACACCUCAGUAACCUCGUGGCUGAACUAGAAGAGCAGCGCCAGCGUCCAAUACUGGAGCUGCCAGAGGACGUUGGAGAUAUAUUAAAGAGGGCUGAGAUACCAAUGGCCACACUCUCUAAGGCUGUGCCCCCAGAGCUGAGAGACAGAAUCCAGCACCUCUCUGGGAAGAGCUGGGUCCUACAGAGGACUAUGAGGCGAUUCACAGAGUGUCUUCAAUCAGAAUUGGAGAAAAGGAAAGUGCUGCUGACUCUUAACCCAGACACAGCCAACACUCAUCUGUUUAUCUGUCCGGAUCAGAAGACUGCCUACUUCAGGGAAAUCCCACAGAAGUUACCGUAUAGCGCUGAGAGAUUUGACUCCCAUUUCUGCAUGCUGGGCGGGGAAGCCUUCAGCUCGGGGAAGCAUUGCUGGGAGGUGUGUGUGGGAGUGGGGUCAAUGGAAGGCUGGGCUGUUGGGGUCUCCAGAGCCUCUGGGAGAAGGAAGGGGGAAAUCAGCUUUGUCCCCUCAGGAGGGAUCUGGGCUAUCCAAAUGCUGAAGGGGUGUUAUGAAGCGCUCACAACCCCAGAGACUCCACUGACUCUAAGCAGGCCCCCUAAGAAGCUGGAAGUCUCUCUGGAUUAUGAAGGAGGAAGCCUAACCUUUUCAGAUGCAGAGACAGGAACUCUCAUCUUCACUUUCUCGGUGAAUUUCUGUGAGGAGGUCCUCCCCUUCUUUUGGCUCUGGGGCCAAGGGGCCCAGCUCACCGUAAAUCCCUGAAUUUUAGGGAAUCCUUUUCCCAUUGGGCUUCAGUUUCCACACCUAUGAAAUGAGGAAUAUGUGUGUAGGAGGGUAGGGACUGUCCCUUUCUUAUCCUACCAGUCUAAGCCUGCCCUCAAUGGAGGGAGCAGGUACCUAUAAACUGUGUCUAUAAAAUACCAACCAGAGGGGUCCCCUCUACAUACUCCCAGUCAUCCUGGACUCCAUCUUUUCUGAUAAUAUUCAUUUUCAUUUGCCAUUUAAUAUGCCCAUUCUUGGGGUAUUAUUGUGCUGUAAGGAAUGGAAAGCAGGAUAAUUUCAGAAAAAUCUGGAAAGACUUA